GCUGCCAGAGCGGACAUGGCGGCCCGCUGCACCCGGCCUGUGCUUACCGCCCUGGGAAUGCUUAGCGUCUGUGUGGCCAGCGGCCCUGGGCCAGUGAUAGAAGGGGAACCGGGUGGGGAAGCGGAGUGGGCGGAGCCAUGGGAUGGUGCCGUUUUCCGGCAGCCGUCAGCACUGGGUGCAGUGGGGGUGGCACGCAGUACGGGGACUUUGUGGCCAGAGAGGGAGGAAACAGUGGACUUGCCGGUGCUGCUGUGGUGGAGCCCCGGGCUGUUUCCCCACUUCCCGGGUGACUCGGAGCGCAUAGAGUGUGCUCGCGGCGCGUGCGUAGCGUCCCGAGACAGACGGGUGCGGGGGGACUCGCGCACGCGCGCGCUGCUCUUUUACGGCACCGACUUCCGCGCGUCUGAGGCGCCACUGCCGCGUCUGGCCCAUCAGAACUGGGCGCUGCUGCACGAGGAGUCGCCCCUCAACAACUUCUUGUUGAGCCAUGGUCCGGGCAUCCGCCUCUUCAAUCUUACCGCCACCUUCAGCCGCCACUCAGACUACCCGCUGUCACUGCAGUGGCUGCCCGGAACUGCUUACCUACUCCGCUCAGCGCCUCCGCUCCAAGAACGUGCGGAGUGGCGCCUCCGCGGGUAUGCGCCGCUGCUCUAUCUGCAGUCCCACUGCGACGUUCCUGCAGACAGGGACCGCUACGUGCGCGAGCUCAUGCGUUACAUCCCGGUGGACUCCUAUGGGAAAUGCCUGCAAAAUCGGGAGCUGCCCAAUCCACGGUUACAGGACACAACAACAGCCACCACGGAGGAUCCAGAUCUCUUGGCCUUCUUGUCUCGCUAUAAGUUCCAUUUGGCCCUCGAAAAUGCUAUCUGUGACGACUACAUGACCGAAAAACUGUGGCGCCCCAUGCAUCUGGGUGCUGUGCCUGUGUACCGCGGCUCUCCCUCUGUGAGGGACUGGAUGCCCAACAAUCAUUCCAUCAUCCUCAUUGAUGAUUUUGAGUCACCUCAGAAGCUAGCAGAGUUUAUUGACUUUCUGGACAAGAACGAUGAGGAAUAUAUGAAAUACCUGGCAUACAAACAACCUGGGGGCAUUACCAACCAGUUCCUUCUGGAUAGUCUGAAGCAUCGGGAGUGGGGAGUGAAUGAUCCUUUACUGCCUAACUACCUCAAUGGUUUCGAGUGUUUCGUUUGUGAUCAUGAACUGGCCAGGCUGGAUGCUGAGAAAGCCCACGCGGCCUCUCGUGGGGACAUCCCUGUCCCUGAGCCUCACAUCGCCCAGCCCUCACACAUGGACUGCCCAAUGCCAACACCUGGCUUUGGCAGUGUGGAAGAGAUUCCUGACAGUGACAGCUGGAAGGAAAUGUGGCUGCAAGAUUAUUGGCAAGGCCUGGACCAGGGAGAAGCCCUCACUGCUAUGAUUCACAACAAUGAGACACAACAGAAGAAAUUUUGGGACUACCUACAUGAGAUCUUCCUGAAAAGGAACCAGAAUCUCUAAUUACUCUGCAAGAUCUUUUAAUUUGGUAGAGCUAAGGAGAUGGAAGUCAUUCUACCAUAGGACAUGAAGGACAUGUGCUGCACAAAUUCUUAAUGAACCCAUUAUCCUGAAUUCAAGGGAUUCCAGUUAUAUCCAGUGAUGUUUUAUCCUUACGAUGUGUAGUCAGGGCCUCAGCCUGUGGUACUAGGGCCUCUCCUAAAGGAGAAAUGAAGGCAUCCAUUUCUCAGUUUAGUGAAAAACAGAAGCCUGAAACAUCCAUUUGAUUCAAGGUGCUGAUCCAACAGAAUUUUUAAAGAACUGCUUAUUUUGCUAGCCAUUUCAUCCUCUCAAUUAUGAUUAGAAUAACACUUUAAUACUUAGCUACAAAUGAGGUAAGAUUGACCGGGUUUAGGGUCUUAAAACUUCUGUGCUAUUGUGCAGAAUAGCACUUCUGCUAUUCUUCAAAUCCCUUCUUCAGUUCCUUUCCUAAUCUCUUUUCUAGAUAUUCUGCUUUAUACUGUUAUGUUGGUGAAGUAGAAUUCCUGGUGGGUUGUAUUCUGGUUCUCUAGAGUUGUAUUAUAUCAUUUACCUUGAUUUUCAUGUCAGACCUUUUAAAUGUUUUUCCCCCCUAGUUUCCCACAAUUUCUGAUGAAGAUGCAACAGUCCUGCCACCAUCCCCACAUUUAUUCUUCCCUGCAUUAAACAGGCUAUAGAUUUAGCAGCUUUGCUUUUUAUCUAAAGAGUACCUGGAAUUCCUUCUCACCUCACAAACAGAAAGAUUCAGUGGCUACUAUGUGCCAUGUCAAUUUAAUGAAUUGUCCUGCUCUAUUUUAGGUUAGAGAUGGAGACUGAGGCUGGAAAUGAUGGCAGGAAAAAAUAUAUAUAAAUACAAACACACACAC